AUGGUUAGUUUCGAUGAAUUGAAAAAGGCUCUUGUGAGGGAUGUCACGACGGAGAUGUCCCCGAAUGAACCGUUAUCUGACUCUCAGUACAACAAAGGUUUCGACAUAUUGAUGGAUGGAUCAGAAUGGAGCUCUUACGAAGACUUUAUCAUCCCCGAAUUAUCUCAACAGCUAGUCUCACUUCUCGCUACACGUUCCACUUUUUCAGUAAUUGAGAUUGGACCCGGUUCAAAGAGCGUACUUGGUUAUGUGCCUCUCCAUCUUAGACGGAAGAUUAGAAGAUACGCUGCAUUUGAGCCCAACAAAAUAUCAGCUACAAGUUUGGAAGACUGGAUUUCUUCUUGCCCGAAAUCCAACUCGCCGUUUCCUUGCUUGGAAACUGCACCCAAUAUCUAUAGAGCACCUUUUGUUUUCGAUGAUGAAGAGAAAAGCAAUAUCAUCGAAACAGAUCCUAGUAAUGAAGGGCAAACUUUCGAUCUCACUCUUUUUUGUCAUAGUAUGUAUGGCAUGAAGCCGAAAGAAACAUUCAUCAAAAAAGCGCUAAAAAUGCUUGUUUCAAGCCCAGAAAGUGGAAAAGUAGUGAUAUUUCAUCGCGACCAGUGCUUUGAGCUUGCUGGAUUGACUUCUUAUCGUACGGCUAUCUUUCCAACAGGCACUAUCUCUGUAGCAGACAAAAACGAGACAUUGGAUGCCUUUUCUCCCUUCGUGGCGGGUUUCAUCAAGCAGGAUGUGGAAGUGGAUAUUGCUUUACGAAUCAAGUGGAGAGAGACAUGUCGCACCUUGGCUUUUCAUGAUGAAAAGCUGCCAGGGUAUCUGUUGUUCAGUUCGCCUCAGCGUAUGGUAUCCAUGACAAGUGAUGCGAAUGUGUUACCCUAUCUCGUAUCACAGAUACCAUUAGCGAAAGAAGACCGAAUUGUCAAAAGCUGGGAGGCUCGCUUGCAUCGACCUACUUCGAUCUUCAGGCCAACAACGGUGAAGCAUGUCCAACAAUGCAUUCAAUGGGCUCUGAAGCAUAAAUUAAAACUUACUGUAAUUGGUGGUGGUCACAGCGCACACUGUCUGUGGCCCAAUGUCGUCUCACUCGAUAUGGAAGCCUUCAAUCGAGUACACGUUAUCAACUCGAGUGAUGGUGUAGAUAAAGACAAUACUCGUCUCGGCUCCACCUCUCUAAUUGUAGCUGAGGCCGGAUGCAAAUCAGGAGAUAUCAUUCAAAAAGCGAUGGAGUUGGGUUUGACAGUGCCUUUGGGCUCUCGACCAAGUGUGGGAGCUGGCUUAUGGUUACAAGGCGGCAUUGGGCAUUUAUCUAGGCUUCAUGGGCUGGCUUGCGACAAUAUCGUAGGUGCUGUUAUAGUCAGUGUUAUUUCUGGUCAGAUCUUCCAUAUCGGACAAGUACCGACCCAAAAUUUGCCAGCCGGUGCAAUAAGACCCGAAAACGAAAACGAUUUGUUCUUUUGGGCUCCGAACUAUUCCGUUCGCAAAUGGAUCUUUCCUGUCAGUAAAGACACCGACAUUCGGCUCAAGCUUGGUGAUGUCAACUCUAUCGCUAAAGAUCUUCCUCGGAGCUGUUCAAUAAACGCAUAUCUCUACUCGGAUAACAAUCAGCUGCAUCUUGGGGUGACCUUGUUUCAAGCUUCGAGGAACAAGAACUUCGAAGUGCCUCCUCUAGUAGACAGUAUUCUGGGACCAGUCAACCAAUGCGAGGAAGUGGAUAGUGUCGGCUUAUUUGAGACUGAAAUGUACAUGUCGACGAUUCACGGCGGGCAUGGAAAAACCUCCUCAUUUAAGCGAUGCUUGUUCUUCAAUAAUAUUGAAGAUGCUCAAAUCAUCGAUAUCUUAACAGCAGCUAUCCGGAACCGCCCCACACCAUUCUGCUAUUUCCAUCUGCUACAUUGUGGUGGGGCAAUUCGUGAUAACACAACAGAAGCCUCUGCUUUUGAGUGCCGUGAUUGGGAAUUUGCCUGUGUCAUCACUGGCGCCUGGUCUCGCAACCAAGUUGGAACUGAACCCGUUCAAACCACUGUUCAGUGGGUCUAUGAUAUCGUCAAAAAUUUGUUGCCAUUUUGUAGCGGGGUCUACAGUGCCGACCUUGGACCAGACCCUAGGGAUAGAACACUGGUGACUAAUGCAUUCGGAGUAAACUUGCCGCGUCUGGCACAGUUAAAACGUACUAUGGACCCAUACAAUAUUAUAGCUUACGCCUGCCCAUUGUUUGAGCCUCCGGUAAAACAGAAAUUGGUCAUUCUUGUCACAGGUGACAGUGCAGCUGGUAAAGACUUUUGCGCUGAGAUCUGGGUCACCGUAAUAACCGCAUGCACCAGUCGAAUGCUCACAGCACGUUCAGUGAGUAUUAGUGAUGCCACUAAGCGAGAAUAUGCCACAGAGACUGGUGCAGAUAUCAAUCGGCUUCUUUUGGAUCGUUCUUAUAAAGAAGAACACCGACCAGCGUUGACAAAGUUCUACAAGAAACAGGUGGUCGAUCGGCCUCGGUUACCAAUGGAACACUUUGAGAGUGUUGUGCGCGAUUCUGGUAAUCUUGACGUGCUUUUCAUUACUGGCAUGAGAGACGAGGCGCCACUUACAAAUUUCUCACACUUGGUACCAGACAGCAGAGUUCUCGAUGUCCGGGUCAACGCUAGUCGAAUGGUGCUUCGAGCUCGCAAAGGGGACCAUGAUGAAGAAAUUAAAGCUACGAACCUCGAUGGACCAAAUCCGUCAAAUUUAAAUUAUUGCCCGAGUCUCAUCUUUGACAAUGAGACAACAGGAAGUGAAGCUGCGGAAACUUUUGCAAAAAAUUGUCUCCUGCCAUUUCUACAUGAGGACUUCACACGACUUGCAAAUAUGGUACGAGCAGUACCCAAUCAUCCACGUCAGGGUGUGAUUUUUCGUCGCGUACUGGACAUUUGUCAACAACCGGGUGGAUUGACCUUAUGCACAGAUCUGCUGCAACGACACUUCAUUGGUGAAUGGGCUAAAGUCGAUACUCUAGUUUGUUGCGAAUCUGGUGGGUUUGUGUUUGCAUCAGCUUUAGGAGCUCGGACUGGUAUACCAUUGGCAUUGGUUCGAGGAUCUGGCAAAUUACCCCCACUCACUAUCUCAGUCGAAAAGUCGCCAUCACAUAUCUCGUCUACGGAAUCGGGCGAGUUACAACAGAAAAGUUUUGAGAUGGAUCCAGGUCUGGUUAGCAAAAGUAACUCUGUUGUGGUCGUGGAUGAUGUACUUGCAACGGGAAGGACACUCUGUGCAGUGCUAAAGUUAUUGAUGAAAGCUGGCGUUGGGGCUAAGGAUAUCAGAGUUAUGGUCGUUGCCGAGUUCCCUACUCAUAGUGGCCGAGAAUUCUUACGUCGGGAAGGUUUUGGGGAAGUCAGGAUUCAAAGCCUUUUGGUUUUUGGUGGUAUUUAA